UGAACUUUUACUUCCUUGUACUAAAGCCGAUAGAGGAACUGACCGCCCUGCGGCUGGCCUGCUGUCAACACUCUACAUCCUCUCCUGCUUCAUUUCGUAACGUUUAAAUCAUGAGAAGAUAGAAAACAAAGAGCGACUAAGAGGAGCCGCGAAGAAGAGUUUUCAGGGGAAGCUGCAGAUAUGGCUCGCUCAGGGUCACAGGGCGAGAUGACUGAGUACAAGAAGAUCCUGAUCAAACGGGAUCUGGAGAUGGGCGUUGUCAUGACGGUGUUUCGGCAGAAGGCGGAGCGACUUACGGUGCAGGUCAUCAUGGAGACCCGGCAGGUGGCUUGGACUCGCACUGCAGAUAGAACCGAUGGUGUCUUGGACCUGUUUGAGAUCAGAGAAAUCCGACCAGGCAGGAACUCCAAAGACUUUGAGCGCUUUAAAGACGGGAAGGACAAACACAUCGAAAACACCUGCUUCACCAUCUUCUACGGCUCCCAGUUUGUCCUCAACACCCUCAGUCUGGGAGCUGAUUCUGUGGAGGAGGCUCAGAAAUGGCUGAUAGGACUCGAGCUGCUGAGAGAGGAGACACUGGCAGCUCCGACCCCAGUUCUGAUUGAGAGCUGGCUGAGGAAGCAGAUGUACUCUGUCAACCAGACCAAGACCAACAGCCUCUCAGUGAAGGAGCUAAAGUCUCUACUACCGAUGCUGAACUACAAGGCCCCCAGCUCUAGAGCUCUCAAAGACAAACUAGUGGAAGUGGGAGCCAAGAAAGAUCGCCUGGACUUUGAACAGUUUCACAAGUUUUAUAACCUGAUUAUGUUUGAGCAGAAUGAGAUCUUGGAUGAGUUCAAAAGGGAAGCUUGUUCUUUUAUUCUGGGAAAUACUGAUAAAUUGGAUGCUUCGGCUGUUCUGCUGCAUGAUUUCCAACGAUUUCUCAUUUAUGACCAGAAGGAACUCUGGGCCAAUGAUCUAAACCAGGUCAGAGAACUGAUGACCAUCUUCAUUGAUGACACCAUGAGAAAAACCAACGACCCUGAGUUCACCGUCAGCGAGUUCCUGAGUUUCCUGUUUUCCAAAGAGAAUUCAAUUUGGGAUGAGAAGUAUUCUGAGAUCAACAACCUGGACAUGAACAACCCUUUGUCCCAUUACUGGAUCAGCUCCUCACACAACACGUACCUGACAGGUGAUCAGCUUCGCAGUGAGUCAUCCACAGAGGCUUAUGUCCGCUGCCUGCGUCUGGGAUGUCGCUGUGUUGAAUUGGAUUGUUGGGAGGGUCCCGGAGAGCCCAUCAUCUACCACGGCUGGACCAGAACCACCAAGAUCAAGUUUGAGGAUGUGGUCAAAGCCAUAAAUGAGCAUGCUUUUGUCACUUCAGACUUCCCAGUCAUCCUGUCCAUAGAGGAGCAUUGCCCCUUAGAGCAGCAGCGUCAGAUGGCUCGCAUCUUCAAGGAAGUCUUCGGAGACAAACUCCUGAUUGAACCUGUGGAGCACAUGGCCGAGCAGCUGCCCUCACCUACGCAGCUGAAGGGGAAGAUCAUACUGAAGCAUAAGAAGCUCAAUGUGGAGGGAGGAGCAACAACCAAAGACUUUAGAAAAGGCCAGAGGCAGGGAGACUUGGAGAUCUGGGAUCCAGUGGAUCAGCGCUGGAACCGACACUACUGUGUAAUCUCUGAUGACAAGCUUUACUACGCAGAGGAGUACGAGGAGGAAGAGGAAGAUCCCCGGAAGUACCAGGAAUUGCACUGUGCAGAACCAUGGUUUCAUGGUCGCAUGCAGGAGGGUAGGCUGACGGCCGAGCGACUGAUCCAUGACUACUGCGCUGAAACCGGGGUACAAGAUGGCACCUUCUUGGCCCGACAGAGUGACAGAUAUGUCAACGACUACACCCUCUCUUUCUGGCGCAGUGGGAGGGUCCAGCACUGCCGAAUUCGCUCCACCUCAGAGGGAGGACACACCUACUUCUUCCUGACCCCUAACCUGCACUUCUCAAGCAUCUAUGCUCUGAUCCAGCACUACAGAGAAAACCCGCUGCGCUGCCAGGACUUUGAGCUGCGACUUACCGAAGCUGUGCCCAAACCUGACCCUCACCUGCAGGAGGGAUGGUUUUACAAAAACCUGAGCAGAGGCGAGGCGGAGGAUUAUCUGCUCAGGAUCCCCAGAGAUGGAGCUUUCCUGAUCCGGCAGAGGGAAGGAGAACAAGACUCUUACGCCAUCACAUUCAGAGGUGACGGGAAGGUAAAACAUUGUCGGAUACAGAAAGAGGGGGGCGUGUAUCUGCUGGGCACCACUACAGAGUUCGAGAGCCUGGUGGAGCUGGUGAACUACUUCAAGAAGAAGCCGCUGUAUCGUAAAAUCAAGCUGCGGUACCCGGUCACACCUGAGCUGGUGGAACGCUUCAGCACAAACGAGAACUGUUCCACUAUAUAUAUGGAAACAUAUGUCAAACCCAAUGAGAUUGAGCCUUCAUUGCCCCAGAAUACAGUCCGAGCUUUAUACAGCUACCAAGCCAAGAGAUCAGAUGAGCUCAGCUUCACUAAAGGGGCUUUAAUACACAAUGUUUCCAAAGAAAUCGAUGGAUGGUGGAAAGGUGACCACGGAGGACGGAUGCAGCUGUUCUUUCCUGCAAAUUACGUGGAGGAAAUCUCCAACAACACCCAGGCUGACGCUAGAGCUCAGGAAAUGGAGGACAACCCUCUGGGUGAACUUUGCAAGGGUAUUGUGGACAUAUCCAGCUACGACAUUCAAAGAAUGAAGGGCGGUAAAUACGGGAAACCACAUGUGUUGACCCUGCAGAACAAGGAGCAGGACAAUUUGCAGUUCGACCUGGCCACUAGCACCCCAGAGGAGCUGUUCAAGUGGUACCAGGUGGCCUGGGACAUCACCACAAGAGAGAUGAACAAACAGUACAACAAGGAGCAAGAGAUGCGACAACAGGAGGAAGUGGAAAAGAAGGCAGAGGUUGCCAUGGAGAUGUCUGACCUGGUGGUCUACUGUCAGCCGCGCAGCAAGGAGAAGGACCGCUUCGACAGCUACAACUACAAAGAGAUCCGCUCCUUCGUGGAGAACAAAAUUCCAGCAAAGCACCGUACAAAGGAAUUCCUGAAGUACAACCGCAAAGCUCUGACCCGCGUCUACCCAAAAGGCCAGCGAGUGGAGUCCUCCAACUACGACCCCUACCCUCUGUGGGCGGUGGGCUGCCACAUGGUAGCUUUGAACUACCAGACUGCAGAUAGAUACACCCAGCUGAACAGCGCCCUCUUCAGCCUGAACGGACACACGGGGUAUGUGCUGCAGCCUGAGAUGAUGCGCGCUGACAGCUACGAUCCUCAUCAGGAGAAGAAGAAAGUCAAGUACAACAUUAAACUCAAGGUGAUCGCUGCUAGACACCUGCCUAAACCGGGCCGCAGCAUCGCCAGCCCGUUUGUGGAGGUCGAACUGUGUGGACACUCAGAGGAGAAGUUCAAGACCAUCGUUUACCGUGAUAACGGGCUGAAUCCAGUGUGGAAAGCCCCAGCAGAACCUGUGGAGUUUACAGUCUACGAGCCUGAGCUCACCUUCCUCCGCUUUGUGGUCAAUGAGGAGGACAUGUUCUCAGACCCAAACUUCCUGGCUCAGGCCACAUUUCCUGUCAAAGGCAUCCGCUCAGGUUACCGCUCCGUACCUCUGAAGAACGGCUACAGUGAAAACAUGGAGCUGGCCUCUCUGCUCGUCCACAUCAAUGUGCAGCAGGCUGGGAGAGCAGAGGAGGAGCUGUACUCGUCCUCCAACCAGCUGAGGAAGAAGCAAGCCGAGCACAGCGAGCCCUUCCUGUACGACACACACAGCAGCCUUCAGCGCGCCUCGCUUCCUCAGAACCAGCUCGUCCGGGAGUCCAGCGAGAGGCACAGGCCAAAGGAGAAGAAGAUAAACAACAGCAAGUUUUACUCCUGAGGAUACGUCUGUCCAGUUGUCCCAGCUGUGGACUGGAAACUUGACGCUAUUAAUUGCUUCCAUACAGAUCAGGAUUGAAACGGUUUGAACUUCUCCUGCCAGAACUGAGUGAUUAUAACAAGCAAAUGGCAACGAUAUGAUGUUACCUAUGAAAUACUAUUUAUUCAAAAUGAAACCACUUCGAGGAUGUAAAAUUUUUAAAGGUUCGGGGAAUGUUACUGGUGUGGCGUGCAGAGUUUGGAAUCAAACUGCUUCAUAUUAUUCAGAUGGUAUUUAUUUUAAUGACAGAUUCACUGAUGGCCGCUCAUUCUGAUGCUUUUUUGCCUUAAUAUCUGAAUUAAGAUGAAUUGAAAUUGAGUCCGACGCAAAAAAGAUUGUUUUCAAUGUUAAAAUGUUUUUAGAUUGUGUUUCUAAAGCCUUAUAAUUUACAUCUUCGGGUUAAUAAAGUUUGCUUAUUUCAACUUUAGCCGUUACCCCUGUUUUUAUUUUAUUCUUUCUAAGCUCCACUGUGUUAAAAAUGUUGCUACCUUUUAUAGCUGAAUAAAUUAUUAAAAUUUGA